AUGGCGUCCUCCUCUGCCGCCGAGCCCAGCUCCCGCCUCUCUGAUCGAGCGAGGAGGUCGUCGCUGGGACUCAGAUUCAUGGUGCUCCUGAUGCACGUGCUGUUCGUUGGCGCUGUCUUCAUCCUCGAUCCGACCCUCGACUGGCGAAUCCACGAGCAGCCGUGGUAUAUAGGGUUGUAUGGAGUGCUUGUCCUGCUCACGUUAGUGCAAUACUUCUACACAGCUGGCUCAUCUCCAGGGUAUGUUAUUGAUGUAAUGAGAGCUGGUUCCAUGAUGCAUGCAACCUUCGUCAACACUGCUGCUCUUUCAAAGCAGUCAAAUUCAAGAAAUGGAAACACAAAUUCCCCGACGAGUGGUGCUCAACUACAGAAACUUAGCACGAUGAUUCCUACAUCGUCAUGGGCACACAUGGUUAUGGAUCUUUAUCCUCCAGGGUCAAGCAGCAGGGAUUGGACUUGCACUUACUGCAGGGUUGUUCAGCCACCUCGUACCCGGCACUGCCAUGACUGUGAUAAAUGUGUCCUUCAAUUUGAUCAUCACUGCAUAUGGCUUGGAACAUGCAUUGGCAAAAAGAACCAUUGUCGUUUUUGGUGGUACAUAUUUGAAGAAACAAUCCUGUGUAUCUGGACUGCUGCUCUCUACAUCGAGUCAUUGUGUUUAGAUGUGGACAAGGCCUGGUGGAAGGACUUUGUUGGUGUAAUCCUAUUGGCAGUGCUUAUCUUUAUCCUUAUAUUCCUACUGCUAUUGUGGUUGUUUCAUUCGUACAUUGCUCUAACAAAUCAAACAACCUACGAAGUUGCCAGAAGAAAGCGAAUAUUCUACCUAAGGGGAGUACCUGAAAGAGUUCAUCCAUUCAGUAGAGGCAUAUGCAGAAAUCUGUACGACUUCUGCUGUUCUAGCCAGAAGGGAUAUAUUCUGGAAGCUGUGCCCCCAAGUGAGGAGCUGGAAGCUAGAGCUGCUCGUUACACGUGCCGAGAUGUCAUUUGCUGCCGUUGCUGCUGA